GUCUUCAGCUGGUCGCUCAAACAGAAGGUGGCGACUACGACCGGUGUGGGUCGGAUGGAUGGCAGUUGCGUCGGCAACAUCCCCACUGUGGCAGACUGGCCCGGCCUUUGUCUCGAGGACUCCCCACUUGGCGUGCGCAACACCGACUGCGUGACCGCGUUUCCCACUGGCCUAUCAGCA